GACCUUUUAAGUACGGAAGACAAUAUUUUCUUUUAUUUUCUCAAUAAAUUUGUUGUAAACUGAUAAAUAUACCCCCCUUUGAAUGUACCAAAACAGGGUAGCCUGUGGACUUGUAUUGAGCAUCCUGGUAAGAUGCAUCUGGCUGCUUGUUACCAUUUAGGAGUUGUUUGGUAGCCAUUUUAUUUUGUCAUUAAUACAUUUUUGAACAGUUGGUAGUCACUUGUCUGGCAAACCAUGCGACAGUGUGCAAUGCAUAAACUUUCCUUUUUUCUCAAACUAUCCCUCCCACCGACAGAAGAACUCUCUCAGCUUGGGGCUGAAACCGACGACAUUCUGCAUCACAAUCCUUAUGACCACCAAACCUUCCACACACAGAGGAGCCGAUUUUCACUGUGGUGACUGUCGCGACAAGUAAGAGUGCGGAAAAAGGUGCUCGACGUCGACCAUUUCUUUACAAUCAGUAGCCUAUACCAAAUCACCGAAACGAAGCAUCUCCGCCCAAAAAAAAAUGGAGCCCGUCGGCAUACGGCCAGGAGCCAUUCCACAAGGCAUGUCGUCCGCUGCAAAGGAGACGGCACGAGCUUCGGGCUCGAAAUCCUAUGCCUGGUAGAACUCGGACGCAACCCGAGCAUUCAUUGCAGCCUACGAAAUCGUCAUUGCUGAGGGACAUCGAAACUGUCGAUGUUUUACCAAACACGGCAGGGAACGAGUGUCCGUGCUCUUCAACUCAGUCAUUGGCCACAACUAGAGCAAGCAGCAACUGCGCAACCAUUGGGAUGCAAUGCGUCGAACCCACAAAUGUCUAUCGGAGCAGGUGAACUGCAGCAGGGUCGAGUACAAUGAAGCCACCAGUCGAAUCAUCGCAUGGGACGAAUGGUGGAACCGAAAGAUUAAGAUACUAUCAUUGUUCAACCCAUGCUAUGCAAGUGAACAAAGACUUCAAGAACAAUGACAUCGACGAGAUCUACAUUCACUAUCAUCAGCUAUUCAAUGACAGCUACGACGAAAACAAGUAUGCUGUCACUCCAACGAAGUUGUACAGAACAGGAUUCAGCCUAUUCGAGGAUAGUGCACUCGAAGACAACAGGGAUGCGAUCUCGGUCAAUGGAGAGAGUAGUGGUUCGAGCGACGAGGCCAAGCAAACAAACAUGUUAGGGUUGGCGUGAACGUUUCCACCACCACAAGCAGCAGUAAAAGGAAAUCUUCUGACGAGAAGCGACGGGGCAGGAAGAAAUAGAUCUCUACUCGUGAACUAUCUUUCUCAGUUGACUGUCAUCAGUGUCAAGAGGAAGUGGCAGCGAAGAUUAAUACGAUGAUGGCUUCAAACGAAAGCGCAGGCGCUACCUGUGUUGAAGAGUUGUUGGCGACAUGACAACUUGAGCGACGUACACCUUUGUAUUUUUCGCAUCCACACUUCUUGCAUAGAAGUGUUAUCAGGACAUAUUCGCCAUCAUGAAGGACAUAAAUAAGAAAUUUGAGUGGAAUAAGUGGAUGUUCAAUGACUGGUAAAAGUAAUUAUGCCAGUGAUUGUAUGUCUUUGAUGUAACGCCCCGAAUUCUUUUUCAUUAUUAUAGUUAUUUUUAAAUAAAAAUGAGCUCAA